AUGGCUAGCGCUACCAGAGUCAUUCGUGGCCAGCCACCCUCGCCGCCCGAAUCGACGGAUCAGAACACGGUGGCUGAUGCUAACCAAGACUUCCAUGGUAUACUUUCGCCAAAUUUCGGACAGCCUGAGCCUUUUUCGGCUGCAGACCUUCAUGCAAGCCAUGUUCCAAGCGAGGUGAAAUACGAGGCAGCAUCAUUUCUUCAGGAUUAUCUUUCCCCCCCUUCUUCACAAUUCGUGUCUAAUGACUAUCCGCGAAACAUAUCAUUGCAUCAUCCGAUCGACACGCCACCAUCCACAGCAGACGACUGUCAUGUUCCUGGAAGCCUGAGUUCGGCGCCGCAGUGGUCAUCGCCUCAGAGUCAGAGACAGCCCCCUAGACCAAGGGUCGCCAGGCCUCCCAGAAUGCGGCGCAAGGGUCGGAAGUUGAAGGACCGAGAGUCCAGACCUCAUGUUGACAAGCCGCUGAGCGAGUUGACCAAGCACUUGACACAUAUCCCAAUCAAGGACAUGGAAAGUUGGGUGCAUCGCUCCAUAGAAACUCGGCGCCAGGAAGUCGCGAAGAAAAAUGGCAAGAUUGCCCGCCCGAUGAACUCAUUCAUGCUCUACCGGUCUGCAUUUGCGGAGAGAGCAAAAGAAUGGUUCUCGCAGAACAAUCACCAGGUGGUCUCUGAAGCUGCCGGUGAUAGCUGGAAACUGGAGCCUGCCGAGAUUCGUGGGAAGUACGAGCAUCUGGCGACUGUUGAGAAGGCCAACCAUCUGAAAGCACAUCCCGGCUACAAGUUCUCCCCGGCAAAGGAUAAGAAGAAACGGGCGGGUGUCGACGAUGAUGGUAAUCUGGCAAAUACUCCUGAUUCUAGCCCAGCUCUGCUACAAAGCCAUGGCAUGAGCUCGUCAGAGGUGGAGAGCAGUGGUUGGGGCAGCCGUGACUCUACUCCCUUUGACUUUGCGGAACACGGCUUACCUACAGAAUCUAUUUUUGUUUCGUCUUCACCUUGGCACGCAAGUCGGGGUUCCAUGCCAGGCUACAUGCCUUCCUCUGACCCAUCUCCGUACCUACUUCACUCGGCACACCCGGGCUACAUGUCUCACCAUGACGACUUUCGGUUCAAACGGCCGAGUUUCCAGGACAUCUCGUACAACUCAUCAGCUUCUCUGGCAGGACUGCCAGGAGCGUCCCACCAUGACCUCCUCCAGCCCGCCAGCUCUGCUUCUACUCCGGGAAGCGGUCAGCUAGACCCCCAGCUUCUGACUCUCCCAAACGAACUUCCGGGUGCCAAUCAAAUGUAUAGCGUCCAUCAGCCAUUGUGGCCUGAUGCAUCGACAGUCAACGGUUAUGUUCCCAUGACAACCUCGAUGCCGCCAAGCUCAGUCGCCUAUCAGGCGGGCUCAGCCUACUCAUCGGCACCGGACAUCCAACACCUAGAAGGUCGCGACACAUGGGAUUCGCCCAAUGAUGCCAAAUUGGAGGGCUCUGGUGGCGACCUCAACUCCUGGAUGUCAUACUGA